GACACAGCAGGUCAGGAGAGAUACAGAACAAUUACCACAGCUUACUACCGGGGUGCAAUGGGCUUCAUUUUAAUGUAUGACAUCACAAAUGAAGAAUCUUUCAAUGCUGUGCAGGAUUGGUCAACUCAAAUCAAAACAUACUCUUGGGAUAAUGCCCAGGUUAUUUUGGUCGGUAACAAAUGUGACAUGGAGGAUGAACGGGUAAUCUUCACUGAGAGAGGCAAACAUUUAGCAGAGCAACUUG